AUGUCAAUCCGAGUGGAUGUGAUAUUAGUCUUAGUCCUUAUUGGAUUAUCCUGUGCUGCCGAACUUGACCAACCCCGUGAUGUAGAAAGAAGAAAAUGUCUGGAUAACACUUUUUAUGCAAAAUACGUGUGCAAAAGUCAUAGAAAUGGUGAAAAGUUUCCAGUUCCUGGUAGUUGUUCUGAAUUUUACGAAUGCUUUAGAGGUGAAAGUAUAAAGAGGACAUGCAGUAAAUUUUUUGAUUUUAAAUUACAAAAAUGUGUACUAUAUGCGGUAAAAUGUAUUGAAAUUGAUGAAAAAGACUGCGUGAGACCUACAACACCACAACCAUGCUCAACUGUAACACCAGCACCUCCAGUAACUUGCGUGUGUCCAACAACUCCACCUCCUGUAACAUGUCCUUCUGUUACAUGUCCAUAUCGAACAUGUUCAACAGUUUAUCAUUGUACAUGCCCACCAACAGUCACAUGCCCAACGGCUAGACCGUGUCCUACUAGGCCACCAACUUCAACAACAAUAGCGACAACGGUUUAA